AUGGCUUUUCGUCUGCCCCCUCAAGUUUCUCGCCGUCGCCCUUCCUACUCGGCUUCUCAACCUCCCACUCUUGAUCUUCCUCAAUCCUUCUCACAGCUCCCCGUGAACGAGUCAACCGAAUGGGUGCUCUUCUCUCCAUCCCAGCCAUUCACCACCGCCCGGACUCACACGACCUCUACUGAACGCACCCCACGCACGGCAGGAGCCUCCCGUCUCAGCGACUUUGGCUCCCUCGAUACACACACAAGAUCUGGGCUCGGCCACGAAAGUGAGGCAGAGGGUUCGCUCGACGAACCGUUGGACGAAGAUGGAACCGAGCUAGACAGUCUCGAUGAUGGGCUGCAUGCCUUCCGGGCACCGUCUCCACCCCAGGAGCCAUCCUCUCGAUGGGCCCAAGAACCCCAAGGCUUACUCCCGGCACAUGACGGAUUGGGAAGCUUUCUUGCGUCCAGUCAGCCUGUACAGAAUCAGCUCUGGCAGCAUGAGCAAUACAACCCAAACCGGAGGGUUGACAUCGGACAACGGCGACACCCUAGUGUACAGCCACAUCUAGACUUGAUGGAGGAUGAGGAGCAACUCGAUGCGGACCGUGAAAGAUGGCAGCGUAUUGAGAAAUGGAGAAUGGAUCAGAGCCGUGCUCUAUUACAUGAAAUCGAGAAAGCAACGCGCAAACGGCGCAAUCGCGGUCUCAAUGCGUCAAAUGUGGAAGCGCUCUCUCUGCCCGAUGUACUAGGCGCUCCAGUUGAUGAUGUUCCCCCAAUACUCGAUGAUAAUCCACCCUCCGCUUCUACGCCACCAGCAGGGGAUGGAGAUGAACCGUUCUGGCAACGUAUUACGCGAAAGGUCAUUCGUGAUCUGAUCGGAAUUGACGACUCAUUGCUUUCUGUCAUAUUUGGAGAGGCAUUGCCCGAUACAGAUGAACAGGAUAAGCCAGAAGAGCCAGAUCAGCGACAACAAAUCGAAGAGAUAUUGAACCGGGAGUUGGAGUCGAUUCCUGACGGCCAGGAUCAGUGGCAGUCAAAGCUCCUUCAACGGAUUGCGCGUGAGCUUGGCAUCCUUGUUCACCAACUCUGUGAACAUCCGGGUGCUUUCACCACGUAUCUCAACCUAGCCAAUGAAAUCCCCAACCAGUACGCUGGGAUUCCUCUAAGUAGCUUGCCUGAAGAGGCAAAGAAUUUAUCUACAUCAGCAGGGCCUGCCGUCUCCUUGGAUGAUGCCACAAGCACCGGUGAUUCCAUAUUAUCACCGCAGUUCGUGCCUACUCUGCGUGACCCCAACCGGGAACAUGCAGCUCAGUGGGGCAUCGAAGACGAGGACAUUUCAAAUCGGGUGUCCAGCAGCUCUACGGCUGCACCAUUGUCGGAAUCGGCCCGCCUCCAGCAAGAGAAGGAGUACUGGGAACGGGAACUUGAUGUUAUGAUGGUUUUCCACUAUCUCCGUAACCGCUUUGGUCGCCGACCUACUAACACCGAUACUCAUACCGCACGCAGAGGCUCACCAGAUGCUUCUCGUCGUGCAGCAAUCAUCCGCCAACACCAUCCUCUUGUUGCUCGAGCGCACUCACGUUCGCAAGCACAGAUUCGCCGGCAAUCCCAGUAUUCCGCAAAUCCAUCGGGCCCAACCGGGGUUCAAUCUCCAGUAUUGCGCCAACAUCUCCGCCGCCCGAGUUCCAGCUGUGCCAGCCAGAGCGCAAAGAUAUCGGCUAUUUCGAGCCGUCGAACUAUGACUGGCUCGAGCCGGAACUACUGGGAUAUCGGAGGAAGUGUGGACAGCGGAAGUGCCAUCGCACCAGCUCCAGCCGGCAUUGGAGCUUGGGGCGAUGUGUAAGUACAUCCUGCCGUUCUUUCUCACAAAUUUUCAUACAUAUAUAUGUAUUGGAUGCUGGCCAUCGAUUUUCCCUAUCCUC